AUGUCCUCUCUGCAAAGGACUCGCUCCUUGCGUAAACCAACGAUACCACCUCCCGCAGAAAAGCCGGUCAGACCUACCGCCACAGAUGCAACACGAAGCGGCUCCCCCAGCCGGUUACCAUUGAAGCCAUUCGCACGACCUCCAACCACCAUCCUGCCAGGCUCAUCCGCAACAAACACCACCACAGCCGCGUCAUCGCGAAGCAGCAGGCCCGCCCCGACCUCACUAGCACGCUCAAGCUCGCUAUCCACAAGGGCAAAUGGAGCCUCUGCGCAAGAAACGGCCAAGAAGGAGACGUCUCGCUACCCCCCGGCCAGCGGCGCGAACAGAGCGGCCGCCAGGACCCGACCUACGUCCGCAGGCAGCGGGAGCGCAGAACCUGCUCGGCGCCCACCGACGCAUGUUCGUGCCAAGAGCACGGCGACGAGCCUACCACCUGCCACGUCGUUGCCGCCGCCGUCGAGCGGCCGCGUCGGCAGCCAGACGACGGCAGCCAGAGGCGGCCACGGUCGACAUGUAUCCAUGUCCGUAGACAACAAGGGCCCAUCUACGCCCGCGAAGCCAAGCGUCGCACCGCCGGCCGCGGUAGCAAAGGCACAAGCCCAACCGCGGCUGCGGCCCGCCUUCUCAACGCUGCAGCAGCAUUACUCGCCGGCAAAGUCGCAGGCCCCGAAGCCGCUGACCUCGGCCAUCAUCGCCCCGCCCUCGCCGUCGAAGCUGCCAGCCAAUAUCGCCGCGUCGGCCGAAACGAGCAGGCUACAGGCCGAACUUCUGCAGCUGCACCUCCUCCACCGGGACUCGGGGGCAGUCCAGGCGCAGUGGCACGCCAGCGCCGAGGCGAAACUCGGGGCGCGCUUCGAGGAGCUCGGCCGAGAAAGCGGACGCGUGUCCGAGAGGGAGCGGUUCGCCGCGGAAAGCGACAACAUCCUCGCUUUGAGGCGCUGGGCACGCGGCGGCAGGUACGGGAUAGAAGACAAGAUCCAGUCGCUGGAUGAGAUCUUGACCGGGCUGUGGACGCUCAGUGAGCCUGCGGGUCGGUACGCGAGGGUGGUGAAGCGGUUUGAACGCUGGGCCGACCACAUGUGUGACGCCGAGGAGGCGAGACACGAUAUUGGGAGGAUGCUGGUCCACGGCCAUGACUCGUUGUUCGUUGGAGAGCUGGAUGCUACUUGGAGAGAAGAAUGUGCCGGCCUGACUAGACGCUUGGAGACUUGGAGGGCCCGCCUCGCCGAGAUUGAUGAUUUGCCGACACAGGAGGGCGUAGCUACGGCCGAGGCGUCCAGUUUGGGGAGGAUGCUCGCUGGGGCAGGGAAUCUCGUGCACGAUAUGCUCACCGAGUUGCAUGCCAUGCAGGAGAUUGAGCAGCAGGCACUGGCUAGGGAGGAUGAGUGGAUUGAGAGGGUGAAUAGGGAGGGCGAUGACGACAUUGAUACCCCGAGGGCUGGAGCUGUAUGGCGAGUGAUUUGA